AUGGCAGCUGUGGAGCAGAAUUUUAGAGUUGAAACUCUGCUGCAUAAUUUGAAAGAAUUGCAGAACGAAAAAACAUGCCUUGAACAGAAGUUAAAUGAACAGAGAAGAAAGCGAAGAGAUGCUGAGAGACAUUUUGAAAUGGUGAAUAUGAAAUGGAUGCAAGUUUCAGACAUGCAUCAAAAAAUGAAUGAAACUUUGAAAGUGGCUCAGUUGAAAGUAUCGCAAACACAGGCUCAGGCAGAUAGUCUUGAAGCCUCGAAUAAUAAGAAAAGAGAGAAAAUAGCUGAUCUGAAUAAAACUAUUGAAAGUGAGAAACAAAAACAAGACAAAGAGGUAGUUAAAUUUGAAGAAGAAUUAUCCAAGGUUUCUAACAUGUUAAUGAAUGCCAGGAAUUUCCAUCAAGAUGAGAAUUUAGAAUCAGAAUAUCAGAAACUGGAAAGUCUACAGAAAGAAAUCAUCAAUGAAAAGAAGUGUUUGAGCAGUGAAAUGGAGAAUUUAAGCCAAGUUUUAGAAACGUUGACCAUCGAACAAAAACAAGAUUUGGACUAUCCUGAUAUAACAGAGGAUAACAGACGUACAAUUUGGAAUUUAUUCAAAGAAGAGAAUUUGAAAAGUAAAGAAUUUCUGGAGAAAAAGAAACAAGAACUGGAAGAUGUACAUACUAAAUUAAAAGAAAGUCUUGAAUAG